UGUCUGGCCACAGAGGCAAGGUAUAUAUAUAGUUGACCAUGAGUCCUGAACACACGCUGAGGACGGGUGCUCUGAUCAAGACCUUCCACCUUCGGGGUUCACUUAGUGCGCAACAUCUUCUCAUUCUGAAGGCUGAUUCAACAGUUUUCCUGACCGCAGUGAUGAAGGGUAACAUGCUGAUCUUUGCUCCAUUCUGUUUGCUCCUUUGCUGCAUGCUGCCUGCAGACGCCAUGACGAUCCGCUUCGACUUCACUCUACGAGAUACCAACCAGGACAUCCCAUUGAGCAUGGUUGAAGAUUCGGUUGAUGACAUGUAUUUUGGCUGCGAUGACGCUAUGAUGGAAACAGUCAAGAACAAAUACAUUGAAGAAGAAACGAACAAGGGCCCAUUUUUAGUUGCCUGGAAGGAGGCAAAAGUUUGUGUUGACGAGAAAUUUGAACAGAGAAAGGAUAAGGCUCUAACCAAAGAUCACAUGCACGCAAUCUGUGUUUAUACAGGUGAUCAUUUGUACACAGACUUCAAUACUGCAGUCCGAACAAAAAGGAACAUCUAUGGUUCCUCAUUCCAGUUCCGCUCUUUACAUUACCUGCUGACAUCUGCCAUAAAGAUCUUGAAUAACAAUUACUGUCACACUACUUACAGACGAGUCCGUGCUAGUUUUACUGGCGAAAAACACCAAAUAAUUCGGUUUGGCUCCUUUGCCUCCAGCUCUUACAAAACAGACUUGACAGAGUUUGGUAAUGAGACCUGCUUUAAAAUCAAGACCUGUUCAGGUGCUUCUUUGAAAAACUAUUCAGCUUAUGAUGACAGAGAGGCAGAGGUGCUCAUCCCUCCCUACGAGAUGUUCAAUAUUACUGAGAUAAGUAAUGGUCAGGGUAAAUUUCAAGAUCUGAAAGAUUGUGAAAGGGUCUUUGUCUUGGAGAGUGCCGGGGUAGAGAGCAGACUGAACUGCAAAGUUGUGCAUAAUGGGUGAGCGCCGAGUGG